AUGGCAGGCGCCAAACUCUGGCUCUCGCUGCUGCUGGCGGCAGCGUUCGCUGGGCCGGCCGCAGCCUUGUGGCCUUGGCCCCAGUACAUCCAGACCUCCGACUGGCACUACACCAUCUCCCCGCACAGCUUCCAAUUCAAGUACCACGUCAGAUCGGCCGCGCAGUCGGGCUGUUCCGUCCUCGAUGAGGCUUUCCAGCGCUACCGUGAUCUGCUCUUCGGUUCCGAGUCUUGGCAACGUCCUGCACUCACAGGAGAACAGCAUACUUUGGAGAAAGAUUCUCUGGUUAUCCUUGUGGUCACUCCUGGAUGUGACCAGCUUCCUUCUUUGGAAUCAGUGGAGAAUUACACCCUGACCAUAAACAAUGAGCAGUGUUUCCUUCUGUCUGAGACCGUCUGGGGAGCUCUUCGAGGUCUGGAGACUUUUAGCCAGCUUGUUUGGAGAUCUCCUGAAGGCACGUUCUUUAUCAACAAGACGGAGAUUGAGGACUUUCCUCGCUUCCCUCACCGAGGCUUGUUGUUGGAUACAUCUCGGCACUAUCUCCCACUGCAUAGCAUCCUGGACACUCUGGAUGGCAUGGCAUACAACAAAUUCAAUGUGUUCCACUGGCAUCUGGUUGACGACUCUUCCUUUCCUUACGAGAGCUUCACUUUUCCAGAGCUCACCAGAAAGGGGUCCUAUAACCCUGCCACCCACAUCUAUACAGCACAGGAUGUGAAGGAAGUGAUUGAAUAUGCACGGCUUCGGGGGAUCCGUGUAUUGGCAGAAUUUGACACUCCUGGCCACACUCUUUCCUGGGGACGAGGUGUCUCAGGAUUAUUGACUCCUUGCUACUCUGGGUCUCAGCCCUCCGGUACCUUUGGACCAGUGAAUCCCAUUCUCAACAGUACCUAUGAGUUCAUGAACACAUUCUUCUUGGAGAUCAACUCUGUCUUCCCGGAUUUUUAUCUUCACCUUGGAGGAGAUGAGGUUGAUUUCGCCUGCUGGAAGUCUAACCCAGAUGUCCAGGCCUUUAUGAAGAAGAAAGGCUUUGGUAAUGACUUCAAACAGCUGGAGUCCUUCUACAUCCAGACGCUUCUUGACAUCGUCUCUGCCUAUGGCAAGGGCUACGUGGUGUGGCAGGAGGUGUUUGAUAAUAAAGUAAAGGUUUUGCCAGACACAAUCAUCCAGGUAUGGCGAGAAGAAGUACCAGUAAACUAUUUGAAGGAGCUGGCACUGAUCACCAAAGCCGGGUUCCGGGCUCUGCUUUCUGCCCCUUGGUACCUGAACCGCAUAAGUUAUGGUCCUGACUGGGAGGACUUUUACAGGGUGGAUCCCCUGUCAUUUGAAGGUGGUCCAGAGCAGAAGGCUCUGGUGAUUGGUGGAGAGGCCUGUAUGUGGGGAGAGUAUGUGGACAGCACAAACCUGGUUCCCAGGCUCUGGCCCAGAGCAGGGGCUGUUGCUGAAAGGCUGUGGAGCAACAAGGUAGUGACUGACCCGGACUUUGCCUUUAAACGUUUGGCACACUUCCGCUGUGAGCUGCUGAGACGAGGUGUUCAAGCCCAGCCCCUCAGUGUAGGCUACUGUGAACAGGAGUUUGAACAAACCUGA